GAUGCACCUAUUGCCAAGAUGGCCUUCUCCAACUGGGUGGCUGCAAAUGCACCCAAAGUGACUGGUACAUGGAAUCUGCACAAGAGAUUCAAAGAAGAAAAAUCCCUGGACUUCUUUGUCCUGGCUAGCUCCAUGGUGACCAUUGUCGAACGGCCGGGCCAAGGCAACUACAGUGCUGCGAACACAUUCCUCGAGGCAUUCAGCCAAUAUCGACAGGCACUCUCUCUGCCCGCGUCGGUCCAAGAUUGGCAAUUUCGUUAUAGGCAAGGAGUUCGACAUGUUGGAGAUCCACACCAUUGA